GAGCUGCCCUUCUGCUCCAGAGCAGAAGGUGACGGUAAUGCACCUAACGUUACUGGUGCUCGCCGGCAGCCAUUAAAAGACAAGAAGAAGAAGAACGCCCAUUUUGCUCAGAGUGUCUGGGCAUCGAAGUGUGCUGAAAUAUCACCAGACAGAGAGGACAAAGAGCUGCAAUGGACGGUGAUGUUGCGGUUGGUGUGAAGAGAGGCUCAGAUGAGCUCAACAUGUACGGUAGCAGCCCAAAUUCUAUGACCGCGAACGGCAGUGACAGUAAGAAACAGCGCCUGGAUGAAUCCCCUCCUUCCAGAGUUCUCCACAUCAGGAAACUUCCUAAUGAAGUGUCGGAGACUGAAGUCAUUGCUCUGGGGCUGCCCUUUGGAAAGGUCACUAACAUACUGAUGCUGAAAGGGAAAAACCAGGCGUUUCUGGAGUUGGGUACAGAGGAAGCAGCCAUUACUAUGGUGAACUACUACACAGCUGUCACACCACAGGUCAGAAACACUCCUGUCUUCAUCCAGUACUCCAACCACAAGGAACUGAAAACAGACUCAGCUCUGAACCAGAGAGCCCAGGCAGUGUUGCAGGCGGUGUCAGCAGUCCAGGAUGGAAGCUCUCCAUCCUCUGACCCUGGAGUUUUGGACCUAGCUCCACCUCCCAGCCCUGUCCUGCGAAUUAUCAUUGACAACAUGUUUUAUCCUGUGACGUUGGACGUUCUCCAACAGAUCUUCAGUAAGUUUGGGACUGUGAUGAAGAUUAUAACCUUCACCAAGAACAACCAGUUUCAGGCUCUUCUGCAGUUCAGCGACCCUGUCAAUGCGCAGCAGGCUAAACUGUCUUUGGAUGGACAGAACAUCUAUAAUUCAUGCUGCACUCUGCGGAUAGACUUCAGUAAACUGGUCAACCUCAACGUCAAAUACAACAAUGAUAAGAGUCGAGAUUACACCAGACCAGACCUCCCUACUGGAGAUGGAGAGUCAGCCAACAAGGAUCAUUCAUUACUGGGUACCCCAUCUGGAGCGCUAGCUUCCUACUCUAGUGGAGGAGGUUACUCAUCUUCUCUCUCCCUCUCGCAGGGUGGAGGAGCCAUCAGUCCACUGAGUGCUGCAGCAGCAGCCGCAGCAGCUGCUGGUCGUGUUGCUCUGUCUGGCUCUGGAGUGUCAGGAGUCCUGUUGGCAUCCAACCUAAAUGAAGAGAUGGUCACGCCUCAAAGUCUCUUUACCCUCUUCGGAGUCUAUGGUGAUGUCCAGAGGGUGAAGAUCCUCUACAACAAAAAGGACAGCGCUCUGAUACAGUUGUCUGAUGGCAACCAGGCUCAGCUGGCCAUGAGCCACUUGAACGGUCAAAAGGUGUUUGGUAAAGUGAUGAGAGUGACUCUGUCCAAACAUCAAACUGUGGCUUUGCCCAGAGAAGGAUUAGAUGACCAACUACUAACUAAAGAUUUUUCUGGCUCACCUCUUCAUCGCUUUAAGAAGCCAGGAUCCAAAAACUUUCAGAACAUCUUUCCUCCAUCUGCAACUCUUCACCUCUCCAACAUCCGGGAUGGAGUUGGAGAGGAGGAUCUACGUCUUCUGUUCUCCAACAGUGGAGGAACCGUCAAGGCCUUCAAGUUCUUCCAGGACCGGAAAAUGUCUUUGAUCCAGAUGUCGUCAGUAGAGGAAGCGAUCCAGGCUCUGAUGGAUCUUCACAACUAUGACAUGGGAGGGAAUCACCACCUGAAAGUUUCCUUUUCAAAGUCCACCAUCUGACCCCCACAGCUCACUCCUGAACCUUAAGAUCCAAGACGAGCGAGGAAGUCUCCACCAUCUGUUUUUAUUCUCAACAUCUUCUGUUAACCUCUUCUUCCUCCCAAAUCUUUAAUCAGGAAUACCAUACGUUAUCACUGAAAUAUGCUUCAGUGUCCAAAUGAAACAUUUGAAACAGUUUAAAAAUACUGAGAAAAUCCAAAAUGCUCUUUUUGUAGACCAGUAGAAACGGUACAUACGGCAUGAAGUGAACUCAAGUGUCAGCCAGCUCGCUGUGACAUCACUGUUGGAUGUGGUUCCAGGUCAGUGCACACCUCUGACCACACCCAACCACAUCCAUCAGUGAUGCUGCUCAGAGCUGCAACAGACUUGAAGGACAGACAAACACUGCUUUCACCUGCUGCCGUCAAUCUUAAUCUUUAGAUUUUUUGUAUUGCCCUGCCGAGCGAUCACUUGUCGUCUCUUUCCCUGGAUUUUCUGUCAAGGUUUUAAGUUCCUGUAAUAAUCUGUCAUUUGAAGAUGAGUGCUGUUUCUGACACAUCGUCACUGUGCUGCUUCACUCCUCCAGAUCUCAUCCUGACCGUUGUGCACUUUCAAAAUCAGACGUACAGAUAUCUUACUCCAAGCUCCGCGCAUAAAGGAGUAGAGGGGAUGACAAAGGUUUAAGUGUUUUAUGUUGUUCUCUCAUUUGUAAUUUGGCAUUGUAGCUUUACUGAUUUGCUGCACCACACACACACUCACUUUAAAUGUAGUUUAAACACCAGACAUAACUAAAAUGUUUUUUUGUUUCACACCCAGAAAUGUUUAAAUUUGAAGAGGCAGCUUUUCUUAAUGGACACAGUUUCCAAACAAUCACUGUUUGAUUAAAAACAGCAAGUUCAUCAUGGCCAUGUGAAAGAACAGUAAGCUAAUGUUUGUUGACGGCUCCCAACACUUCUUUACUAAAUACCUUGGAAUGUAAUGACAUUAACACUUUGCUGACAUGUGAUAAUAUUCUGGAUCCAGAGGUGAAGAAUGGACUCGCCUCUAAUGUUCCUGUUUAAAUCCCACCCCAGUCUUUUUAUAAACCAUGUGUGUGUGUAUGUGCACAAACACACAUACACACACAUGGCUGUCUGUUUAGACAAGGUUUCAACAUGUGAUUCUGGUCUGGGUCUCUGCUUUUGGGAGGAGGCCUGCUGGGACCAAAGUGCAUGUGCCUUCAAUCUGGUUUGAUCUGCUGUCUUUGGACAGCUUGUUUUGUUGCUCAUGUUUGUUGAUUUUGUGUUGUAAACCUGUAGAAACAAAUUAUUUUGUUAAUUAUUUUUUAAAUAGAAGUGAAGCUCGUCUUCCCAGUCCUUCGUUUGUCUUAACAAUGUGAGUUUAUCAAUCUGAGAUGCACAGAUCAUUGGGUCACUGUUUGAACUGAGGUCAUGUCCACAGAGGGUUUUUAUUUUUCACUCAGCUCUGGUUCUUACUCCAGAACUUUUUUUGGGAGAUUGUUGUAAAUUUUCUACUUGAGUUUAUUUUCUUUUGUGGUAAGAUUUCAGAUUAGCCCAAAUUAAACAUGUCUUUUCUACCAACGAGCCCAA